GCAACGCCGCGCAUAUUGCAGAAACAUUUCUUCGCAGUCGCCAAACAAAACAAUUUUUUAUAAUUAGUAAAACCAGUAAAAACAGUAGAAAAACACCGACAACAAACAGUGAAAAGCAACUGUCAACAUGUUUCUAUCAAGAUUCGACAAAAAUUUAGAGAAUGCCACCAGCCAUCUGCGGUUGGAGCCGGACUGGCCCUCCAUUCUCCUCAUCUGCGAUGAGAUCAAUCAAAAAGAUGUCACACCCAAAACAGCCUUUGCUGCUAUCAAGAAAAAGAUGAACUCACCCAAUCCCCACUCCGCCUGCUAUUCGCUGUUGGUGCUGGAGAGCAUUGUGAAGAACUGUGGCGCCCCUGUUCACGAAGAGGUCUUCACCAAGGAGAACUGUGAGAUGUUUAGCAGCUUUCUUGAGUCCACGCCCCACGAGAACGUGCGCCAGAAGAUGCUGGAGCUGGUGCAGACCUGGGCUAAUGCCUUUCGCUCAUCGGACAAAUAUCAGGCCAUAAAGGACACCAUGACCAUCCUAAAAGCCAAGGGCCAUACCUUCCCUGAGCUUCGUGAGGCGGAUGCCAUGUUCACCGCCGACACUGCCCCCAACUGGGCCGAUGGUACGGUUUGUCAUCGCUGUCGCGUGGAGUUCACCUUCACCAAUCGCAAGCACCAUUGCCGGAACUGCGGCCAAGUGUUCUGUGGCCAGUGCACGUCCAAACAGUGUCCUCUGCCCAAGUACGGUAUUGAGAAAGAUGUGCGCGUCUGUGACGGCUGCUUUGCGGCUCUCCAGCGUCCAACAAGCGGCGGCAGUGCCAGCGGUGGAAAGUCUGCAACUCGAGCGGCGGACAGUGAUUUGCCGGCAGAAUAUUUGAACAGCUCAUUGUCGCAGCAGGUGCAGACACCCGCUCGCAAAACCGAGGCCGAACUGAAGGAGGAAGAAGAACUGCAGCUGGCUCUGGCUCUUAGUCAGUCGGAGGCCGAGCAGCAGAAACAGAAGCAGCAAUCACUGACAUCGGCCGCUGCUGCCUAUCGCAUGCAACAGAGGUCCCCCAGCCCGGAAGCACCAUCAGUACCCAAGGAGUUCCAGCAGCCAGCCGAAGAAACCACCAAUCCGGAGCUGGCCAAAUAUUUGAAUCGCAGUUACUGGGAGCAACGCAAGAUUAGCGAAUCCUCGUCCAUGGCUAGUCCCUCGGCCCCCAGUCCUAUGCCGCCGACACCACAGCCCCAGCAAAGUAUCCUCUCGCUGCAGCCCAAGAGUGCGGAUGAAGUGCAGAUAAAUGAGUUUGCAGCUAAUAUGCGCACCCAGGUGGAGAUCUUUGUGAACCGCAUGAAGUCCAACUCUAGUCGUGGGCGCAGUAUCUCCAACGAUUCGUCGGUUCAGACGCUGUUCAUGACUCUGACAUCGUUGCACUCGCAGCAGCUUUCCUACAUUAAGGAGAUGGAUGACAAACGCAUGUGGUACGAGCAGCUCCAGGACAAACUUACUCAGAUCAAGGAUUCGCGAGCUGCCCUAGAUCAGCUGCGGCAGGAGCAUGUGGAGAAGCUACGCAGAAUCGCCGAAGAACAGGAGCGGCAGCGCCAGAUGCAGAUGGCCCAGAAGCUUGAGAUAAUGCGCAAGAAGAAGCAAGAGUAUCUGCAGUAUCAGCGUCAAUUGGCGCUGCAGCGUAUUCAGGAGCAGGAACGCGAGAUGCAGCUGCGGCAGGAGCAGCAGAAAGCGCAGUAUUUGAUGGGUCAGGCAGUUCCGCCAUUCCCGUACCUUCCACCGUCGGCGGUGCCGCAACAUGGUUCGCCAUCGCAUCAACUGAACAACGUUUAUAAUCCGUAUGCCGCUGCUGUUCCCGGUUAUCCAGGACCUGCUCCUGCUCCCGCUCCCAAUGGACAUGGCCAACAAUUCCAGGGCAUUCCACCAGGCAUGUACAACCCAGCAAUGCAAACGCAGAUGCAGCAACCUGGAGCAAUGAUGCAACAGCAGCAACCGCCGCCGCCCGGAAAUGCCCACAUGAUGCCGCAGCCGCAGGCCAUGCCCGACAAUCAGUUCGCCAACAACCCAGCAAUCCUUCAGCAGGGGCCAGCACAGCACCUUCCGGUUCAGCAGGCACAUCCACAGGCUCAGCAACUUCCCAUUCAGCAGCCACAACCACAACCUGUUCCUCAACAGCAACCCCAACUGGCUCACGUAAUGCUCCAGCAGCAGCAUGUGGUUCAAACCCAUCCGCCGUUGGCCAACCAAGCGCCUCCUGCUGCUCCCCAGGCUCCACCGGUCACCGAAAUAGCCAAUAAUCAAGUCCAAGCUGUGGCUGCCGCUCCAGCUCCACCCCAAAACGAACCGGAGCCGACCACUAAGGCUGCCGAACCGGCCACAGCGGAACUAAUCAGUUUCGACUAGACCAAACCAUGUUAUUCCCUAUUUGUAUUACCCUUCAGAGUUGGGCUAUAAACCGUUCUCGUGUGGAUGUUGGAUUAAUACCAAAA